AUGGCUGAUGCCUUAAGAAACAUGAUGAUCAAGGUGUAUAUGAAGGAUCAUUCCCCUGAGAAUGCCCUCAAACACGUUAAAUCACUGAUUUUGUUAGCCAUGAAGAACAAGUUGAAGCUCGACCCAAUUUUACGAGGCGAGAUUAUUGUUACGAUCAUCACAAACUAUCAGGAAUUUCUGGAAGGCAUGUCUGAUGAUGAUACAUCUACAUUGAUGAUGAUGGUUGCGGACAAAGAUAGUUAUGUCACUCCGGCAUCCAUUGCUGAUCCGGAUGACGGGAACAGGGCCGGUGCGUUUCUGAAAUACUUUGACAACAUGGCACUUGAAUGGGAGAACAUUGUUCGUGAACGUGCUGCUGCCCAGGAGCGUUAUAUGAAACUGGCUCAAGAGGAUGCUCACCAUCGGAUGGAGAUUCUGCAAACCAGGUCAAAAUCUAUUCUAUCCUCUGUUUCUAAUAUCUCUGCAGUUAAACCUGUUGUUGAGUCUGGAUCCCUAGCCCCUAUUUUAAAUGUGUCUUUAGAAUCUCCUAUUGUGCCUGAUGUGUCUAAGCCUAGUCUACCUGUUUCUGAAUCUGUUGAACCUAUUUUGCCAAUUGACUCUAGUAAGUCUAUGUCAGUGGACAUUGAUACUUCUAAACACACUAUUAUGCCUGAUAUUGAUAUGUCUGAUGUAAAUUUGUCUGAUGUUACUAUUGAAAUCCCUAGCAAAAAUCUACCUGUUCCACCUCUUACUCAUAAUGAACCUGUUACUGAAAUACUUGUUUGUGUUCCUAAAACUGCUGGUGAGCAUCUUGAAACUGUUCAAUACUUUGCCAAUGAACCUACUGAGUCUGUUCCUACACCCUCUCAAAUCUUGAAACCUAAGUCUGAUAUUCCUCCAGUUGAUAAGGAUGAUGAUUUGCUGUUAUCUGAACUCACCAAACACAUGGGUGAUUCUGUUCUGCGCAUUGUGCGAGAAGAACAUCUUUUUGUCACUGGCACUGCACAUCCUGAGUCAACCAGUUUCAAAAUUAGGGAUGUCCAGAAUAUUCUUACUUCCACUCAUCCUACUACCUCCGAAACUAGUCACUCAGUUUCUACAACCCCUGUUGAUGUGUCACCCAAGAAAGAGUCCAGAAAACCCAAAAGGAAAGUCUCUAAGUCAGCUGAUCCUCCAGUUCAGCAAGUCUUCAAAAAUUUGAGAAGUUCUGUGAAAGGGAAAGCCCCUAGUGUUCCUCUUACUGUGAAAAAAGGUAAGUCAGUGAAAGGGUCCUCUAAGCCAAAGGCAAGAAGUGCUACUCCAACUGGUCUUCCUUCUGCUCCAGAGAAUAUAGAUACUGUGGAGUAUCAGCCUAAAUUUGUUGAUGAAGUUGUAGAGAGCAAAUGGGAGUCUAUGAUAAGAAGAGAGCUAAUAGUACAAAGAUCCAUUGACAUCAAACAGAUGAAUUCUGUGUGUGAUGUGGUCCCUCUGCUAAAGGAAGCAGGGUUGAUAAACACAGUGUACAAGAUUGGUCCUUACUCUAAGUUGCUGACUUAUGAAUUCUACUGCAAUCUCAGUGAGUCCAUCGAUGAUCUAACUCAUGAGAGGUGUCUCCAAGUGUGUGCCAGGAAGAGCUGGUAUGUUUUCGGUCUAAAUGUCAUAAAUGAGUACUACAAGCUGCCAGUUGUAGAUGACGAAGAAAUUGAUGAUUGGGAUCAGGUUGCCAAGACUUUAACCAGUGGCAUUCUGACUGAAUGGCCAUCCUCAGAUUCAGAUGCUCUGUCAAGUUUGAUCUAUCGCAUUGGAACCAAGAAGCCAGUGGACCUUGGUAAGUGGAUAUUCGAUCAUGUGCUAACACUGGUACAUCCUAGAGAGCAAAAAGUCAAGCUGCCAUAUCCUAAUCUGAUUUAUGGCUGGUUAACAUCUCAAGGGCUUGUCCCUUUGGCGAAUGAGACUGUUCGUACCUCUCUGACCUACACAAUGGAUUCUCGACUUCUUUCUGGGAAGCAUAUCCGGGAUGUUCAACCAGUCAAUCCUCCGCAAAGUACCUCUGAUGAUCAUGUUGACAACACUCCCUAUGUCAACAAUUUGCGGCUCUCCAAGAUCUUGAAAAUUCAUGUUGACGCUCUACAGGCUGCCAGUGCCAUCAUAAAUACUCAACUACAUGCAGCUCGCACUAAGCUAGCCAUUGUGCUACUUCGUUUAAUCCUUGCUAAUGCUGAACCUGCUCAAGAUACUGCUCAUUCUGCUGAUGAAAAGGGCCCCUCUGUCAACUGA